GAGUCUGAGUGCGGCCGCCGCAGUUGAGAAAGCAUUUGAGUUACGGUAACUAUGAUGAACGGAGAGCCCCGCGGAAAGGUGGGAGGCAACUUGUUGCGCAGCUUCUGGGUCAGCUGGUUGCGGCUCUCCGACAAGCAGUUGUGAACAGGUCUGUUGGAUCGCGCGCGUGCUGACGAAUCAUCACGCCUGGGACGAUAACAGCCACACAUGUAGCCCAACAUUGCACCACGGCGCACGGAUGAAUGAACGGGACUCGGUUUUUGGGCUAAACUUCUGCUCCACUAUUGCGCUCUCCAGCCCCACCCCCUGGCUCUCCCGAGUUCUGUUUAAUUUUCUACCGCUCCACGAACAGAACCGAUGAUCAAGUUAAAGCAGAACCAGACCAGGACCUACGACGUGGAGGGGUUCAAGAGAAGAGCGGCGUGUUUGUGCUUCAAAGACGAGACAGAGAACGAGGUGCUGCUGGUGAGCAGCAGUCGACAUCCAGACCAGUGGAUUGUUCCGGGAGGAGGAAUGGAGCCCGACGAAGAGCCGUGUGGCGCUGCGGUCAGGGAGGUGUACGAAGAGGCUGGUGUAAAGGGGAAACUUGGUAGAUUACUUGGCAUGUUCGAGCAAAAUCAAGACAGAAAGCACAGGACUUAUGUUUAUACCCUGAUCGUGACAGAGACUCUGGAGGACUGGGAGGACUCUGUCAACAUUGGCAGGAAGAGGAAGUGGUUUAAGAUUGAUGAAGCCAUCGAAGAGCUGCAGAGCCACAAGCCUGUCCACGCAGAGUACCUGCUGAGACUCGCAGACUCCUGUGGUCCUUUUCGUGUCUAUACCCCAAGUACCGACAGCUGUCCGUGCACUCGUGUGGCAGAAAACGGUGCAUCCCAUUGCUUUGUUUGCUCCACACAGGGCUCUGAUCUGGUCAACAGAUAAGACUCACUGCAGGCAGAUCCACCGAGAGGACUGUGUUGGACUUCAUGGUCUGAGAUGAUUGCAUUAACCCUGCCUUUUAAAAUGUACAGAAUGAAUUUAUAUCAAAUCCAAGUUGAAUUGGACUAAAGAGAUGUAUGAUUCUUUAUAAAUGUAUUUAUCAAUUUCAUUAAAUAUUUUCCAACUGCAGUUGAAGCCAAGCAUCUACUUAAAAUAUCAGGUGGAUUAACUUUGCUGUGCAUAUGCAAUGUAAAGAUAUUACAAGAGAACUAUAUGUUGAGUUGAGCUGUCAGGGGUUUUCAUAAGAUUUGUACUGUAUGAAGCUGGUGCCAAUUUGAUUUUUUUGUAGAAUGUUUUGUAGAAAAAUUGUGGCUUUUUCUAGUGUCAUUUUGUGCUCAUUUGAAGUGAUGGGUAAAACCCCAGAUUUCUGCUAGUAGUUAAAAUUUUCUUUAAUUAUAUGAUGAAGCAGUUUUUCUGAAGAAAAUCAUAUUUAUAAAACAUAAAAUUAUGCAGGCACCUUUUAAAUGUGAAUUAAAAAUAUCCUAUUAAAUAAAAACAAUUCAAAUUUUAU